ACUAAAUUAUGAAAUGAAAAGAAUCUCAAGCCUCCAAAAUUGCAACGUCCAUGGCGUCCUCAUCAUCAUCCCCAUUCCUCAAAACCCUACCCUCCCCUCUCCUCCUCUCCCCUCUCACCCCCCCAAAACUCCCUCCUUUCUCCCAACCCUGCACCAAACGAAACCCUAACCCUAACCCUAAACCCCUCAAAAUCUCCGCCUCCUCCUCCUCUUCAUCUUCAACCGAGUGCCCAGUCCCCUUCGAUCAGCAACCAAUCAACGAGUACCAAACCCUAGCAACCUCCCUCCCCUUCUCCUGGGCGGCCGCCGACCUCCCCCUCUACUUCCAUCGCCUUCUCUCCCUCGGCGCCGCCUUCGCCCUCCUCGUUCCUCCCGUCGCCUUCGGUUCCCGCGCCGCCGCGGAUGCGCGACGGCCUCCGGUUGGGCCCUGGGGUCGCGCGUUCACCGGGAUCCUUGCGGCUUGACAGCUAGGCGGUGCUGAGGCAUGUAUCAUUGGGUGGCGCCUUUACGUCGGGAAUCGGUUGCUGAGUGCUACCGUUGAAUAUGAGGAGACUGGAUGGUAUGAUGGGCAGAUAUGGGUGAAGACUCCAGAAGUGUUGGCACGUGAUAGGCUUCUGGGUUCAUUUUCUGUAAAGCCUGUCUUAAACCGAGUUAAGAUAACAUUAAUUGGUCUGGCAGUGGCUCUUGUCACAUGUGCUAUUCUUUUCAUUAACAUUGAGAACCUAAGGGAUUCAUCAGAGGAUUCUGGGGGGCGAGCAAUAGCUGGAGCUUAUAAAGAUGAAUCUGCAAGGUUAUUUGAACCUGAUGCAUUCUGUGGCGAGCCUGAUUUAUCCUGAGUCUUUGGGAAAAGGGUUCAAUCAUGCCCAUUCAUCCUUCAACUUUAUGCAUUUGGGGCGAGGCAGUUCAUAGCUAGCUAUCAUAACCUUUCAUGUUUUCAUAUGGGAGCCACCGAUUCUUGUAUGACAUCAUUCUACAGUUCUAUUGACAUCAUUUUACAGUUCUACUGUAGAAAUUGAACAAGUUUUAUGUAAUAUUAUCAUAGGCCCCUACACUAUGUGCAAUCAAUGAUUUGUAAAUCAAUUAAUUCAUAUGCUGUUUAUAAUUGUAUAUAUAAUAAAAAGCAUGUUCUAUAAUUA